GAUUGAUUGAUUGAUCGCAAUCAAUAUAAAUACCUGAUCAUUUGCUGUUUUUCAAUGCCAAUAUUUCACUUGUUGCUGCUUGUCAUUUUUUCUGAUUUCGAUAACGAUGAACAGGUUUGAUCUGAUUUAUCUAAUUUUAGCCAUUCAUCUAAAUACAGCAGCAUUAGCGGAGAAUUAUCAGAAUAUUUGGGCCGUAAGAAUCGAUGGUGAUGUAUACAAGGCAAAAGAUGUGGCCCGCAGUAAUAAUUUUGAAUUCAUUCGAAAGUUGGAUGCAUUCGAUGAUAUUUACAUUCUUCGUCAUAAAGAUUUACCAAAUAAUCAUCGAAUGAAACGACAAGCUGUUGAACAUGAUCAAAUAUUGAAAAAUGAUUCAUCGAUCAUUUGGUUUGAACAACAACGGUCGGCUAUUCGUGUGAAACGAUCAGCCAUUUUUCCAUCACCAUCCAAAUCAAACAGGUCGAUUAGCCAGAAUGAAAAACUACGUAAUCUAUGGGAUACAACCAGACAGUUUAUGUUUUCAUUUGGAAUGAAUCAGAAUGAAGUUCGCCAUCAAUUCAAUGAUGAAUUAUGGCCCAGUCAAUGGCAUAUACAUUCAUCUGGGUUUUCACGAUUUGAUCAUGGUAUUACACGAGUUUGGGAUAUGGGUUUCACUGGGAAAGGUGUCGUUGUCACCAUACUGGAUGAUGGACUUGAAUGGAAUCAUUCAGACUUACAUGCCAAUUAUGAUCAUAAUGCCAGUUAUGAUAUGAAUGAUGAUGAUCCGGAUCCAACCCCUCGAUAUGAUCUUUUCAAUUCAAAUUCUCAUGGAACUCGAUGUGCCGGUGUAGUGUCGAUGAUACCACAGAAUAGAAAAUGUGGUGUCGGUGCAGCAUAUCAUGCCCGGAUCGGUGGUAUCCGAUGUUUGGAUGGUGAUGUAUCGGACAUAGUCGAGGCAAAUUCAUUGGCAUUUCGUAAUGAUUAUAUUGAUAUCUACAGUGCUAGCUGGGGACCCAGUGAUGACGGUUUGACAGUGGACGGACCGAAAAUGCUUGCACAAAUGGCCCUUGAACGUGGCGUUGUACAUGGUCGUAAAGGAAAGGGAAAUAUCUAUGUUUGGGCUUCUGGUAAUGGUGGUAGCCGUGGUGAUAAUUGUAAUUGUGAUGGUUAUGUCAGUUCAAUAUAUACGAUAUCGAUCAAUAGUGUUAGUGAGUCUGGUCAUUUUCCGUGGUAUGCGGAAAAAUGUUCAUCAACAUUGGCGGCUGCAUUUUCAAGUGGAGCAUUUAGUGAUAAGAAAAUCGCAACGACUGAUAUACAUAAUACAUGUACCAGAGAACAUUCGGGAACAUCGGCAGCUGCACCGUUAGCAGCAGCCAUAUUGGCAUUAGUAUUGGAAGCGAAUCCCAAUCUAACAUGGCGUGAUGUACAGCAUUUAAUCGUAUGCACAUCAGAAUUUAGUCCGUUGCUUGAUGAACGUGGAUGGCGUAAAAAUGGUGCCGGUUUUCUCUACAAUAGCCGAUUUGGUUUUGGUCUGUUGAUGGCCCAAUCACUGAUACAAAUGGCAAUUAGAUGGGAUCCAGUACCUGAAAAAUAUAUCUGUAUCGUUCAACCUAAGCAAUUAUUUCCACAAGAAAUAUCAACAAAAGGCGAUAUGCUUCGAGUGUAUUUCAUGCUGGAACAAAAUCAAGGCAUUUGUCCGAUACGAUUUCUAGAACAUGUACAGGUAAAAAUAACGUUAGAAACAACCAGACGUGGUAAUAGCCGAAUGUUUAUGUUCUCACCACAAGAUACAAUGUCCAUAUUGAUGUAUCCACGCCUGAAGGAUAAUUCGAGGCAAGGUUUUCGCAAUUGGAAUCUUACUUCCGUUCAUUAUUGGGGUGAAAAUCCGGUGGGCUUAUGGCGUCUUUAUAUACAGAAUUCGCAAAAAGAUGGUAGCAUAUUGAAAUUGACCAAUGUACAGCUGAUAUUACAUGGUAUUCGACAACCAGGUGGCUGUUUCAAUCAUAGACCAUUUAGACGCUAUCUAAAUGAAGAUCUCAUCACACAGGUUACCGCUCCUGUUGCUGAAUUUAACGAAAAUUCACCCGAACAAUUCGAUGCAUUUUUCGACAAUUACGAAUAAUUGAAUUUAUCAAAAACACAAAGCUUUUAGUUUUUUUUUUGUUGUAUUUCAGUUAUUUUCAAAAAUUAUUU